UUCUAAUUUAUCACAAGAGGACGAAGUUCGCGUUAAACUGUAUAUUGAUGUCGUGUCACCACCAGAAAAUAAGUUACAAAUUCAAUUUUAUGAUAGCAAAAUUACCAGUGAUAAACAUUUAGGGGCACUUGUUCAGUAUAAGAAUGAUAUUGAAGAAAUAUUUCAGCAAAAACAAGAAUUUCGUCAAAUGAUACAAGUGAAUAUCAACGAUUAUCCUCUUGAUCAACAAAUAAAACGGAAUGAAUUAUUAUUUCAAUCCCAAACAAGUGUUAAAAUUCAUGGAAUGCAAUAUAGAAUUGGUGAUGCAUUGUAUUUAAAUCAAUUAUUAUUUUCAUCAACGCCUCUAUUUGGUACAUUAGAGCGAUUCUAUAUUCAAAAUGACAACAUUUAUGCUUACGUCAAGUUAUUUAAAACAAUGGACGUAGAAUUAAAUUUAAAUGCUUAUCGUGUGAAGCAAACGACUAUCACACAUAUUAUUGAUCUGUACAAGGUUAUCAGUCCAUAA